GUUUCGCAUGAUGUUGAGUAUCGUUUUUGUACUCUCUGGUUUGUUCUUAUGGGCGAGAGCUGCCAAUCCAGAAGAGAACAUGAGUGCUAGCGAGAUCAUACACUACCACGGGUACCCCGAAGAAGAUCACUGGGUGGUGACUGAAGAUGGAUUUAUCCUCGGUAUGCAGAGAAUACCACACGGCAAGGGUGGAUCCCAAGUAGGGCAACGGCCGCCGUUCUUCCUACAGCACGGUCUGCUUUGCUCAAGCACAGUGUGGCUCACAAAUACAGAGAAGCGAAAUUUGGCAUUCCUGCUCGCCGACAGCGGCUUUGAUGUUUGGCUGGGUAAUAUACGAGGUAACACUUAUUCUACUAAUCAUACGAAGUUGUCUCCUAAAGACAAAAUAUUUUGGUCUUGGAGUUUUGAUGAAAUGGCUCGAUAUGAUAUUCCUGCUAUGUUGUACUACGUAAUGAAUCAUACAAAUCAGUCUGAAGUCUUUUAUGCUGGGCACUCACAGGGAACAAUUAUUGCAUUUGCCGGGUUUUCUAUAAAUCCUGAGCUAGCAUCUCACGUGAAAACCUUUUAUGCACUGGCUCCAGUAGCCAGAGUUAGUCACAUCGAGGGAUUGCUAAAGUAUUUGUCAUAUUUUACUCCUGAGAUUGAUGAUUUGUUUAAAUUGUUUGGUGAGUAUGAUUUUCUACCAAAUGACGAGUUGAUGAAGUUGUUUGCUCAAUACUUCUGUCCUGAGGAUGUGAGUGUAUGUAGCAAUGUCUUGUUUCUUAUUUGUGGAUAUGAUAAGAGUGAUUUGAAUGAGACGAGAGUGCCGAUAUAUCUCAGUCACACACCAGCAGGAACAUCGGUACAGAACAUGGUACAUUUGUCUCAAGAAAUUCGAAGCGGCUUAUUCCAGAUGUAUGAUUAUGGAAGUAAAGAGAAGAAUGCUGCUCAUUAUGGAGGGAAGACAGUUCCUCCUGUUUACAACUUGACUGAUUUUCAUGUGCCAAUGUAUGCUUACUCAGGAACAAAGGACUUUCUGGCUAAUCCUGUAGAUGUUGCCUGGUUAAUGCCACAACUUGAUUCGUUGCUGAAGCACAUUGUUAUUGAUAAUUAUGAUCAUCUGGACUUCAUUUGGGGCAUAGAUGCUGCUGACAAAGUCUACUCACAUGUCAUUGCAACAGCAAACCAGAGGAUAACAGCAACGACAAGUUAAGAAUAGCCUCUGCAAUUGUGUAUUGACAUUCUCUCGUUAUGUUUAUUAGUGUUGUAACUUUUUAAAAAAAUUUGACCUCGAUGUGUUUGUACCUUGUUACGAGCAGAUUGACAGAGAUCAUCCAAUGUACCUAUAGCAAAACAGUUAAGAGAGACUGAGUCAUGUCACACUCUAGGAAGACUGUUGUUUGCUGGUAUGUGUGCAGAUUAGAUGGGUAACUACUAAUUGAAGCUGUUUUUACGCCGUUGCUUCCACA